UGACGCUAAAAUGCCUGUAAAGUCAAUAAGUACUGCGGUUGUCCUAUUUCUCUAUUCAGCCUCUGUCGUGGCGGAUAAUUUCGUUUGCACAGAUGAAGUUUGUCGGAGAUACAGAGAGGAAACAGGAUGCCCACUAAUGGCUCUGGCAUGCAGAGCGCAGAAUUCUACUCACAAUGGUAGAAUAUUCCCUUCUCCAGUAUCGUGCAAUUGUUGUGAGACUUGCAUUGAGAAUUUUGAGUUGGAUGAGGAUUGUACUUUGGGUUCACCAGGAGCCCCAAUUCCUCAUGGCAUGUGUGGACCAGGAUUGUCGUGUGCUUUUGAUGACAAUGAUGAGCACACGACAUGCCAGAAAAUGACCGACACCGAUUGCCUCAGAGAUCAGAGCUCAUAUGACACUGAGAGACUCAAUGGUACAAUUGGACAUUUAAUGCAAAGGACUCUAUGUGAUGCUGAUGGAGGAUUUUCACCUAUAAAGUGCAUUCCUGGGCAAAUAUGCUAUUGUGUGAACGAUCAGGGCGAAAGGAUCUUCGGAGAGUCUUUAAACUACCGCGGCAUUGAGGUCGUGAUGAAGUGUGAAUGUUCCCGUCAAGAAGCAGUUAUUAACACUGUUCUGGACACGGAUAUGAAAAUCCCUUUUGUCAGAUGCAAUGAGACAGGAUCUUUUGAUAAACUCCAAUGCAUCAACGAUCAAUGUCUCUGCGUGGAUCCUCAUUUAGGCUUCCCAACGUCUAGUAUAGUUAACAUAACUGUUGACGGAUUGCAUUCGCUGCCUUGCUUUAAUGAAUCCGGAUACAGUAAUUCUUCCUACAAUCGAGAGUGUGCGGAAAAGAAAGCUGUUCUCGUCCAGAAGCUCUACAAAAGAGCAAAAAUGGGAAUAUAUGCCGUUGAUGAGAGUGAAUCUUAUGAAAUGUGCCAACCUGAUGGGUUUUUUGCCAGAAUUCAGCGCAAUGACACUCAUAAGUUCUGUGCUGAUAAAUUUGGGAUGAGCAUACGCAACUACAAUGCCGUAUUAGGGUCAGAAGAUGCAAACACAAUGACGUGCAAUUGCGCCAGAGUUGAAAUGUUGCUGAGAGAAAUCGGAGCAUUUGAGAUUCCUUCUUGCUGUCCGAAUGGGAACUAUCCAAAAAUGUCCUGCAGAAGAGGAUUUUGCUACUGCACCGAUGAGAAUGGCAACCAAACAACCUCGGAGGUUCCACAUGAGGAAAUUACCACUUUAGAGUGCUAUAAUAAAGGAUCAUUCUGUUAAUAAAUGAAA